GUGUGUGAGGGCGCGCGGAUCUCUCACACGCUGUCGGAAGCCAGAGGCUGCGGUUGUGCAUGCAGGUCUGUGCGGUGACACACGGAUGAGAGGCGCUGUGUGUGUGCGAGCCGUUCUGGAGGGAGAGCGAGACGGCUGCUGUAUCCCUGAGCACGAGGAUGGGCUGCAAUCUGUGUAGUUUACAGAAGAGAGAGGAGCAUUACAAACUACUGUACGAGAUCUCACAGGUGAACGGGAGGGAUCUGUCGAGAGCCAGUCAUGAGGAGGCGGUGGAGGCUUUACGCAGCGCUAAAGACCCCAUCGUGGUGCAGGUGCUGCGGCGGACCCCUCGGCCCCGGGGUCAAGGGUCAGCGCAGGACGUCCAGCUGGUGGACGUGUGCACGCAGACGGAGAUCACCUUCGAGCACAUCAUGGCUUUGGCCAAACUGCGUCCGGCCACGCCGCCUGUGCCGGACACCUGCCCCUUCCUCCUGUCCGACAGCUGUCACUCUCUGCACACGAUGGAUCAGGAGUACUUCGAGGGCAGCGAGUAUCUCUCCAACAUGGCGGCGGACGCCGAGAGGACCGAAGACUUUGAGUACGAGGAGGUGGAGCUGCGGCGACUGAGCAGUCAGGAGAAGCUGGGACUCACGCUGUGCUACAGGACAGACGAGGAAGAGGACCUCGCCAUCUACAUCAGCGAGAUCGAGCCGAACAGCAUUGCUGCACGAGACGGUCGAAUCCGAGAAGGCGACCGUAUUUUACAGAUAAAUGGGCGGGAUGUUCAGGACAGACAGGAAGCAGUGGCCGUUUUCUCAAAUGAAGAAUGCAGGAAUAUUGUGCUGCUGGUCGCAAGACCAGAAAUGCAGGAGGAGCCGUGGCUGGAGGACGAGCACAGCGAGUUCUUAGAGGAGCUGAAGAUGGAGAUGCUGGAGGAGCAGAGGAGAGAGGAGGAGGAGGAGGAGAUGAAGAGAGCGGCUCGAGAGGAAGACGAGAAGGCCACAGCAACUCAAGAGGAAAGCAUCACAGCGUCCUGCUCCUACAGUCAGGAGAAGAGCAUGGACCCAGAGAACACUGUCCUUGCUCAGAUCCAGAAGCAGCUGUCGCGGUGUCUGUCGGGCCGGAGCUCUGCGGACGGAGCGGAGAAGCUGCUGGAGCUGAAGUGUCAGAUCCGUAACGGCGGCGAGUACGACCUGUUCUACAGCAGCAUCCAGUGCAACGGUGUGGAGCACGAGCUGCGGAUGCUGAGCGAGGAGCUACGCAGCAUCCAGAUGGAGUGCCAGAGCAUCAUGAAGGUAGGCAUGUAUCGUAAGAGUAAUAAGUCGCCAAUUGCCAGUAUCAGUAGUAAUACUGUUAAAACCUUAACAAGACCCAUCCCUACAUGCAGGCAUCAGCUGGGACCCCGCAAGCGUCCAGAGAAGUCAGACAAGGACAGCUCGAGUGCGUAUAACACGGCUGAGAGUUCGCGCAGCACGCCGCUCGUCGCAGACCGCUCUCCAGAGCACCACAGGGUCAGUCUGACCAACCGCAGGAACCUGCUAGCGCUCCGGCAUGCCCCGAGCGGCAGCCCCGACCACAGCAACCCCUCCGAGUCUGAGCAGACGCCCGAGGGACCACGGCCCCAGAGCUACCUGCAACUGAUCCAGCAGCAGACGGCGCUGGAGUUCGUCAGCCGGCCUUCUGAACCCAAGAUGGAGUGGAAGGUGAAGGUCCGGAGCGACGGAACCAGGUACAUCACCAAGCGGCCCGUCCGGGACAGACUCCUCCGGGAGCGAGCGCUCAAGAUCAAGGAGGAGCGCAGCAGCGGCAUGACGACCGAUGACGACGCCAUGAGCGAGAUGAAGAUGGGACGCUACUGGAGCAAAGAGCAGCGCAAGCAGCACCUCCUGCGGGCCAAGGAGCAGCGGCGGCGGCGCGAGUUCAUGCAGCGGAGCCGGCUGGAGAGCCUGCGAGAGAAUCCGCUCAGCAGCGGAGAGGGACGCUCGGAGCCCAGCAUCAUCGAGCUCAGCCACCGCAAGAUGAUGAAGAAGAGGAACAAGAAGAUCCUGGACAACUGGAUGACCAUUCAGGAGCUGAUGACGCACGGGGAGAAAGCGCCCGAGGGAUCCGCAGUCCACAACGCCUUCCUCUCCGUCACUACUGUAUAGAUUCACACGCCACUUCUCAAACUUUACCCCAUGCGGUACGAUCGACUUUUGCCUCGUUCAAUGCGGCGAUUUUUAUGAGAAUAGACCAGAAUAUUUUUCACUUUGUUAAUGUUUUCUAAGCAAUUCAACAAGAUUCACUGCAUUUUUUAUGCUUUUUUUGUUACCGGAAUAUUUUAACUAAGGUACCUAAAGGAAUAUUUCACUCAAACAUUACAGUUCUGUCAUAAUUCACUUUCAAGGUCGAAACCUGUAUGACUUUCUACAGAGAGUCUCUAAAAGGACAUGGUGAUGGAAAAAUAUGACAUGGGAUAAAAAAUUAUUUCAGUGUUUUUGAGUGUGCUAAUUUGAGUGUGACAUUCACCCAAGAAACUUUUAAAAAUCGUUAAUUUGAACAAAGCAUUCACUCGUUUGCACCAUAGUUUUGAUUUGCAUGCAAAACUUGUAAACUUUUUUUACUGUGUUCACUCUUUUAAUCACUGUUUUGCUUUCGCUCAUGAAAUUUAUUUCUAAAUUUUACUUUCACCCAAAUAAUUAUUUUUUUCAAAAUUUUAAUUUAUACUUUGCGUUCGCUCAUUUCAUUACUAAAGUUUUACCUUCGUCCAAGUUUUUUAUUUAUUUAUUUAUUUAUUUUUAAUUCGUACUUUACAUUUAAUCACUAAAGUUUUGCUUUUGCCCAAGAAGAUAUUUUUCAAAAUUUAGAAGUUUUGCUUUCACUUAUGAAAAUUUUUCAAAAAAUUUUUUCACCCAAUAAUUUAUUGUACAUAAUUUAAAAUAUGUACUUUGCAUUUUACUUUUUGCUUUUGCUCAAGAAAAUGUUU